AUGUUGGAGUCUCGAUUGGAGAAGAUGGUCCCAGUCAAAUGGCUCUUGAGGAUUUGGCAAUCUUCCGUGCGAAUUCCUGGAUCAACGGUCUUUUAUCCAAGUGAUGGUGUCUCGGCAGAAAGAGCAACUGAGUUAGCAGCCAACACUAAGGGCAUUGUUUUCAUUCGUACAGGUCGUCCAGCGCUCCCAGUGCUCUACCAGAACGAGGAGCCAUUUGCUAUAGGAAAAGCCAAGAUUGUGAAACAAUCCGACAAAAGACCAAAAUUGUUCGAUCGAGCUGGAGUGACUCUGUAUGAGUGUCUGAAAGCUGCAGAGCAGUUGGAAAAAACUGGUACGUGUCCGUUGACAAUUCAGUUGUCCAUAAAUCGUUUACCUAUGGUUUUCCAGGAGUACAUGCUUGCGUCAUUGAUCCAUUCACAAUCAAGCCACUGGAUCAGGAGACAAUCGUUAAAUCAAGCUAAACGUGUUGGUGGGAAAAUCUUGACGGUCGAAGACCACUAUCCUGCUGGAGGAAUUGGAGAGGCUGUAUCAUCCGCGGUAGCUGAUCAUCCGGAUAUCCGUGUUCAUUCGAUCUGCGUGCAGAGCGUACCCCGCUCAGGAACUCCUGACGAAUUGAUUGAUAUGUACGGAAUAUCUGCCCGUCACAUUGUGGAGGCUGUGAACAAGUUUUAA